AUGUCUCAAGCUGGAGCCAUCGUGUGCUUCCGUCCUGAGGGAGACAGAACUAUGUCCCCUCAGCAUUUCCCUCGAGCUCUGGAGAGAAGGCCUUGGCUGUCACCUUCCAGGAAUGUGGACCUUGCUGUCUUCAGCCCCCAGCACUGUCUCACUCCCAACCUCAAUGCUGGCCGGCUCCACCUUCUCCGCAAGGGACUGACCCCUGAAGCCCGGCGGUCCCAACUGGGCAUGUACAACAGCACAGGUUCCCUCAUCCGCAAGGUCACAGAGAUGAGUUGCCUUGGCAACGGCAACUGCCCCAACUCUGGGAGAGUAACGGCUCCGUGUACUCCCGUGAGGAGCAGGCCUCCGCCUUCACUGUGCUCCCCAGGCAGCCGCGUCCCUUUGGUGGCCCCAGUCCCUGGUGGACAAAGCUCUGUGGUGACCUUCCGCUUUAUUGAAAAGGCCAGUGUGAAAACCCUCAAUGGCCUCCCCUUGGCAGAGUCGAAGAGGGAGGGGGGCCUGAGCCGGAGCCUGGAACUUGGGGCAGCCCUCCCCUGUGGCUCCAACAAGCAGGGGAACUGUUGCCAGGCCAUCAUGAAGCAGCAGUGUUCUCCACAGCACAAAGUCCCCACGUCCCCAGAGCCUGCCUCUCGAGCUGCAAGCAUGGACCCUCAAGUGAGGACAGGCAACUGCAGCUCCGCCAGUCCUGGCCCUGCGUGCAAACCAACCCUCAUUGGUCAAGGCCAAGAGCACUUGAGUCACAAGCUGAAGCUAGAGACUUCUGCUUCAGACCCUCUCCUGACUGGAAGUAGGUUCCUUGAGAGUGCACAGUCUUACUUAAGCCUGGGCAGCGGAAGCCCACACCCCCUCAAUGCACACUGCUUCUCCAGCUCCCUUGCCAAUGGGAUGAGCAGCCCUUCCGAGGAUCUCUCGAUGCUCCAAAGAAGCACACAGAGUGGGGAAUGUCAGGGAAGCCCGUGGGCAUAUUCCCAUGAGAGUUCCAGUCAUGCGCAGCGCAUGGCCAAGGCCAAGUGGGAAUUUUUCUAUGGCUCACUGGACCAUCCUGGGGCAGGGAUGCCCCCUCAGAAGGCUCCUGAUCCUCAGUCUCCAACCCUUGAGAAAUCCAGCCGCUCAGCACGGGUAAAACAAGAGAUGAUGACAUCAGAGCACAGUUUGUGUCACGUAGAGGUGGAAAUCGAGAUGGCUCCUUCAGGCAAUCCGAAGCCAGGAAACUGUGAAACCGGAAUUAUCCGCAGAACAGUGAAGUAUUCUGAGACUGACCUGGACUCUGUUCCCUUGAGGUGCUACCAUGAGACCAACAUUGAUGACAUCUUGGCCGAGAAGGAGGAAGUAGAUUCAGCCAUCGAGAGUCAGAAGGACAGUGAGAGCAAUCAGAGCUUCACUGGAACCUUGGGGAGAGGGAGUGUUGUUCCGGGGGAGGCCUUUACUCAGCACAAUCAGGAGGACGAGGGCAAGUGUUUGAAAAAUGGGAUAGAGGUCAAUGAAGACGAUGAAGUGUUUGAAGCCGUACAACAGCAACCAGUGAGGGUCAUGGACAGAGACGCCCAAGGGCUGCUUAAGUCUCCGGUGCCCUUCCUCCUGGGCCACAGUCUAUCCAAAGAUGGCAUGGAUUCGUUCAGCAAACACUUUGAGAGCAUCAUGGAGUCCCACCGAGCCAAAGGCACCUCCUACACCAGCCUCGAUUCCAUCGACAUCCUUUCCUCUCCUGCUCACACACACACUGGCACGUACUUCACCUUUGACCUCCCUACCCUUAGCCCAGAAAUGCAGGAGCAAAUUCGAGACAGUGCCAAGCUCAUCGAGCAGAACUUUGCUCCUCUGGCCCUCCUGGAGCCCGACUCUGGGACUAGUUCUGCCACGGAGGCCCCCUGGACCGAGAGGGAAGAGGAUGCAGGACAAAGCAGGAAGAGCAAUCUGCAGAGUCCUUGCCACUCGGAGGACAGCUUGGGAAUUCCUCUGGCUUCCAUCAUCAGUGAGCAUCCUCUCAGCCAGCUGAUCUCCGACUCGGACUCAGAAUUGGAUAGCACUGAACAGCUGGCUCUAGGCAGCACGGACACCCUCUCCAAUGGGCACAAGGCGGACCUGGAGGCUGCUAAACGCCUGGCAAAGAGGCUGUACAACCUGGAUGGCUUCAAGAAAGCAGACGUGGCCCGCCACCUGGGGAAGAAGUACGUUAACGAUUUUAGCAAAAUGGUCGCAGGGGAAUACCUGAAGUUCUUUGAAUUCACUGGAAUGAGUCUGGACCAGGCGCUUCGGUCCUUUCUGAAGGAAUUGGCCCUCAUGGGUGAGACUCAGGAACGGGAGCGCGUCUUGGCUCAUUUUUCCCAGCGCUAUUAUGAAUGCAACCCCAAAGCCAUCUCCUCUGAGGAUGGAGUUCACACACUGACCUGUGCUCUGAUGCUCUUAAACACAGAUCUUCACGGACACAACAUCGGGAAGCGAAUGUCUUGUUCAGAUUUCAUCGGGAACCUAGAAGGACUCAAUGGAGGGACCGAUUUUCCCCGGGAUCUGCUCAAGGCUCUGUAUAGCUCCAUCAAGAAUGAAAAGCUUCAGUGGGCCAUAGACGAAGAAGAACUGCGCAAGUCCCUUUCAGAACUGGCAGACCCCAACCCCAAGUCCAUCAAACGCAUCAGCAGCUGCAGCAACCCUUUCCUGGACUUCUCCCAGGACCCCAGCAUCGCCACUUACAAGCACGGCCUCCUGGUGCGCAAGAGCCAUGCAGAGCCUGAUUGCAAAAAAACCCCCAGAGGGAAGCGAGGAUGGAAGACUUUCCACGGGAUCCUGAAAGGAAUGAUCCUGUAUCUACAGAAGGAGGAAUACAAGCCUGGGAAGGCCCUGGCAGAGGAGGAGCUAAAGAACGCCAUCAGCAUCCAUCACUGCUUGGCCACCCAAGCGUCCGACUACAGCAAGAGACCCAAUGUCUUCUACCUCAGGACGGCUGACUGGAGGGUCUUCCUCUUCCAGGCGCAGAAUACAGAACAAAUGAAUUCCUGGAUCACACGCAUCAAUGUGGUGGCUGCCAUGUUUUCUGCCCCACCCUUCCCAGCCGCCAUCGGGUCACAGAAGAAAUUCAGCCGCCCCCUCCUGCCCAGCUCCACCACACGGUUGCCUCAGGAGGAGCAACUGAAAAGUCACGAAACCAAAUUCAAAGCCAUGGCCGCUGAGCUGCUGGAACAUCGUGCCUCCCUGCCUGAGAAGAAGGUCAAGGGCAAGGAGUAUGAGGAACUGAAGCAGAAGGAGGAAUACCUGGUGUUUGAGAAAUCACGCUAUGGCAUCUAUGCCACAUUAAUGCGUGCCAAGCUGAAGACUGGCUCUGAAGACCUGGCAGCAUUGGAAGCUACCCUGUUUGACACAGCAGCCAGCACCGAGGACAGCCUCAAGAAGUCCCAGUCCAACCCUACCCUCCAUCAGGAGCCAACCAGCACAGGCCCCAGGGUCAAACGCAACAACCGACAAGCCGCCAGCAGCAACCUGCAGAAGUCCUAGAAGGGGAUGGGAGCCUGCCAGGAGGGUGGCAUGCCUACACCAGUAACCUGCAUGAUUUCAUUCUCCAGAGCCAGGAAACUACACUGCAGCAGGUCAGAGGACAUCUUGCUCAGACCAGGGACUCUGCCAGUUUCACCAGCCAGCAGGAGGGCUGAUGGCCUCUCCCAACCACAGUCCCAGCGUGGGUGGCCUUCUUCCUCUUUCUCGUGGGAUUUGAGACCCUGCCUGGGUGAACGAAGCAACCCUAACAACCCCCAUGUCACAAAACAACAAGGCUGCUUUCCAAAGUCACUCACAACACCCAGGGGAACUACAGCAGAAAGAAAACUGCUCAUUUCUUGGUGCGCGUGUACACGCACGCACACACAAACAAGAGCAAGGGAGGAGGAAAUGGGAUCCUGGUCACCUCCACUCUGAAUCCCUUUUCCCUCCCACUUUCUUACACUUUUUGAGAUAAUGACGUUUUAAAUUUUUUAGUACCUGAUGAGGCUGAACCACACCACAGUUAGGGAAUGUUAAUUUUGAUGUGGGGUGCUGGGCGGGAGUGGGGGAAAUCUACAGGAGUCAAGACAUGCAGAGCUGGUAUUUGGUGGACAGUUUUGUUGCGCUUGGGGUGGGCGAGAACUGUCCACCUCCUCCAGCUACCAGACUAGCACCGAUUGCCUCCAGGAGCGCCAGCAACUCCUGCACCGACACCGCAAUUCCUUCACCAGCAGCAGCUGUCCUAGACUGGCUAGAUUACUUGUGCAUCACCAGCAGGAGCUGGAUCUCAACUGGCCAUAGUGCUUGCUCUGCACACAGGAAACCGACCAGGGUUUGCGAGUGGGCCUCAAAACCAGCACCCGCGGGGUAAAUGGGGGGUGGGGGACAGAAGAUGCCUUCUGAUGAGGCUGUGCAACAAAGCCAUAUGAGGGUGUCGUCCCACAAGCACACCUGAUCUAGUCUCUCUCUCCCACCUCACCAGUAGCUCUCUGUGGAGGAUGGGUAUGCUUUGGCCGCCUUUAGGCGUAGCUCAGUCCUGGCCCACGUGUGAAGCUUUAGAACUGGAGCAACCAGAGCAGAGGAACCCACAUAACACUGCUUUUGGAGCACCUAAACAGGGAAAUUGAAUCUAGUUAGGGCACAGCCAGCAAUGCAGGGAGGGGUUCUCAUGCAGCCAGCCAGGAGGGUUUCCAUCCCCAAAGCCAUUGCUAUCCUUGGCUGCACAGCUGUGCCACAGUGGCCCCUGCACAGAUAACUUUGCUCCUCUAAACUUGCCAUUUCCAAGGGCUUUAAAGGGUAUGGCUCUAAGAAUUACUUGCAACAUGCAUGCAGUAAAGGGAGACUGGUACAGAAAGAAAGCCCAGCUGUCGGGCACAGAGUAAGUGGAGACUCCAAGACCUCAAGGGUCUGAGCCCUGAGGAAAGGAUGGUGCGUUCUGGGGAGAGGGAGGACAGCAAC